AAGCAUGACAGCGAGCAGACCGUACCGGGAGCUGUCGAGGUAGCCUACAGCCAGGAGAAUUCUCUCUUCGGGUGUAUUUGUUCGUAAUUUCAACUCCGUAGAAAAAACAUACACGGCGCUAACAUCGAAUAUCUGCAUUAAAAAAUCUACGUAAUUCCAUCGCUGAAAAGAACGACUUCAUGAAGACAACAAACGAUACAGGAGUGGAUUUUGCAAGGAUUCGUCGGAUCAGUUCGUGUAACAAGAUUUUUUUUCAUUUUUUUUAUUUUUGGACACAACAGGCACAUGUGUUAAUGGAUAAACCUAUUUGCAUCUUUGGCCAGCCCUACGCAUAUGUAAAAGGUGAAACUUGUCAGACAAAUUAGUCUAUCCUGUCGGGCUAUCGUUGCACUGUACGGUGGCCACUGAAAUAGGCGAUUAACGUUUUCAUCAAAAUUAUUUAGAAAGAAUAAUAGGGUAGAUCGCUCAAUUGGGAUUUCAUUGGUAUUUCAAAAGUUGUUUCUCAAUAGUUGCUUUGGCUAGUUGUAGGUUUGGCACAACUUUGCUAAACUAUUUCAGCUGAGGCCAAAUUAAGGCUCAGAGUGUUCGCUCCUAUUGUAGAGAGCUAUCCACUGAGAUGUAGACUACUACCAUAUAUUUUUAAAGCAAAGCAUAGAUCGGUAUAUGUUAUAAAUGAAGAAACUUUGGGUCUCUUUGGACACCAUCAAUACACAAGAAAUCAUUCUCCGGACCGUCCAUGACUGGAAUUCUGUGAUCUGAUUAACAAUACCCCACGGAAUACUCUUUGGAUUUGCCCGAUGACACCGAAAUGACGGAUAAGAUAAUGAGAUCAUUCUUCUUUAAGACCUAAAAGAUUCUGGUGUUGAGGUGAUGGACACAGGUUGAGCACACCAUGAGCUCAAGGUUGCUUGUAGCGAUCACCAUAGUGAUACUGGGCGAAAAUGUCAGUUUGGCCAGCGAUGCGUCUUCAUUCAUUCUGCCGUUCACUGACUGCAUUCAGAGCAAAGGCAAGGCAGGAUACUACCAGGGAUCGAUAGACGUCACCGAGUCCGGCGGAAAAUGCAUGAACUGGAGCGAUGUCGCCGGCGUCAAGGACAGGUAUCCUGGCAAAGGAUUGGGGGACCACAAUUUCUGCCGAAAUCCUGACGGCAGGAUCCGACCCUGGUGUUUCUUCAGAAACAAUCGAGGGCGGAUAGAUUGGGGCUACUGCGACUGUAAACAAGGGUCGGUGCGGCUGCAGGGUGGGCGGAGCAAGCUGGAGGGCACGGUGGAGGUGUACCUGAACGGGGCGUGGGGCACCAUCUGCAGCAACGGCUGGGGGGACGGGGAGGCAGCCGUGGUCUGCCGACAGCUGGGACAGGGGUUUAAGGGUCGUGCCCGACACAACCCCUUGUCGCGGCUGAGCUUCUCAUUGGUCCACUGGAGCUCGGUGCAUUGUGGGGGACACGAGCACGACCUCCUGCAGUGCCUGAAGACGGCGUGGAACGGCGGGGAGUGCGCCAACCGGCAAGUCGCUGCCGUCACCUGCACCCAGCAGGAAGCGGCCGCGUUCGUUCCCGUGCGGCUGGUCGGCGGCGGCUCCGGGCGCGAGGGCCGGGUGGAGGUGUACCACGCCGGGCAGUGGGGCACGGUGUGCGACGACCAAUGGGACGACGCCGACGCCGAAGUCGUCUGCAGGCAGCUGGGAUUGGGCGGGACGGCCAAGGCUUGGGGGCAGGCCUAUUUCGGGGAGGGGUCCGGCCGGGUCCUGCUGGACGAGGUGGGGUGCACCGGGAACGAGCUCUCCGUGGAGCAGUGUCCCAAAAGCGCCUGGGGGGAGCACAACUGCGAGCACCGCGAGGACGCGGGGGUGUCCUGCACCCCUCUUACAGACGGGUCCCUGCGGCUGGUGGGGGGGUCCGGCAGUUUCGAGGGGCGCCUGGAGGUCCAUUACAAAGGACAGUGGGGGACGGUCUGCGAUGACGGCUGGACGGACUCCAACACCCAGGUGGUGUGCAGGCAGCUGGGGUUUCGGUCUGGAGUGGGUGCGUCACCGGGGCUGUUCGGGGAGGGGGCGGGGCCCAUCCUGGUGGAUGAUGUCAGCUGCACGGGGAAGGAGCCCGCCCUCACCCACUGCGGCCGCAGGGAGUGGAAGAAGCACGACUGCACCCACCAGGAGGACGUGUCAAUCACCUGCAGCCCCGAGCGCGUCGCCCACGGCGUCCCAGCUAGCGUGCCUCUCCGGCUGGUGGGUGGAGAGACUCCCACGGAGGGCCGGGUGGAGAUCUACAUCCACGGGCAGUGGGGCACCAUCUGCGACGACGGGUGGACUGACAGGGACGCGGACGUGGUCUGCAGACAGCUGGGCUACACGGGUCAGUCCAAGGCCCGGACCAUGGCCUACUUUGGCGAGGGCGAAGGUCCCAUCCACGCGGACAACGUGAAGUGCGCCGGGGGCGAGCGAUCUCUGGCCGACUGCAUCAAGCAGCCGGUGGGGACGCACAACUGCCGGCACAGCGAGGACGCCGGCGUCAUCUGCAACUACGGCCAGCAGGACGGCUCCAUCCAGGAUCCCGUCGCCUCGCUGUGCGGCCUGCGGCUGACGCACACUCGACAAAAACGCAUCAUCGGCGGGGAGAAUUCUUUGAGAGGGGGCUGGCCGUGGCAGGCUGCGAUCAGGCUCAGGGUGUCCCAGGGGGAGGGCAGGCUGGUGUGCGGAGCGACGCUGAUCAGCAGCUGCUGGAUCCUCACCUCAGCCCACUGCUUCAAGAGGUACGGUAACGAAACGAGGACCUACAAGGUGCGGGUCGGCGACUACCACACGCUGGUGCCGGAGGAGUUCGAGGCGGAGUACGGGGUGGAGGAGGUCGUGCUCCACCCGAACUACAGGCCCCACAGCAACGACUACGACCUGGCGCUGGUGCGGCUGUUCGGGCGGGACGGGCGGUGCGCGGUGCUGAGUCGCCACGUCCUGCCGGCCUGCCUGCCCCGUCACCGGGAGAGGGUGCUCCGCCUGGCCUCCACCUGCUUCAUCACCGGCUGGGGCGACACAGGGCGGGCCUACUCCAGGACCCUGCAGCAGGCCUCCAUCUCGCUGCUGAGCAGGAGACGGUGUGAGGCGAGCUACCCGGGCCAGUUCAGCGGCAGGAUGCUGUGCGCCGGCAACGCCGCCGCGGACAAGUGGGUGGACAGCUGCCGCGGCGACAGCGGGGGGCCGCUGGUCUGCGAGCGGCCCGGCGGCGCCGGCGGGGGGUGGGUGGUCUACGGGGUCACCUCCUGGGGGCACGCCUGCAGGCUGCAGGACUCGCCGGGGGUCUACACCAAAGUCUCGGCCUUCGUGCCCUGGAUCAGGCGAGUGACAGGCCUGUAGCCCCGCCCACAUCCGCAUCCCCCCCCCUCCACCCCCCCUCCCCGCGGGAAUGACUGCACUCACACGGCCCGGCAGGAGGUCUAUUCUGACUGUCUUACCGUCUCCUCCCCCCCCCCCCCAAAAAAACAACUAGUGGCACGGUUUUUUUUUUUUUAAACGUUUCUUUGUUUGUCUGUCCUUGUUCUGUCAGCCCUGUAAAGUACUUCUAUUUUAUUUGCUCUUUUACCUGUUUAAUCGUUUUUAAAUGGUUGUUUUCAGCACUUCUCUGUUUGAAUGGGACCACUUGUGAUACAGUAAAGCAGGGCCACACAGCAGUCCUUGAGCAGGCUGGCAGAUUUUCUGGCUUUUUUUGGUCCAGCCGUUCAGCCCUGGCUUCAUGUACUACUACACCACUGCACUCACCAAUGCAGGUUCAGUCCUGUCAUAGACCACAUGACACACACAUACAUACACAUAUCAGACGAGCAGCUGUGCUCAUUUACAAGCCAGGGGCAGGAGCUGGUUCGGGCAGUGGUGUAAUGUAACGGGCAGCGGUGUAGUUUAAUUAGGAAACCAGGCUCACAACCAGGAGGUUGCGGGUUCGAUUUCCAUCUGGCGCACAGUCCCUGUACCCCUUUGGCAAAGGUGCUCAACCUGAAACGCUUCAGUAAAUAUCCAGCCGUAUAAUUAGAUUGUAUGUAAAACGUAAAAAUGCUAAAAAGCUAAAUUGUAAUGUAAUGUAAUUUAAAUGUAAUGAAGCUGGCAAAAAUAAAUUUAGGGUUGUCCCAUGUGGUGCACCCCUGGAAUAAACUCCUAGCAGAGGACAAAGAGGAGAACCGGCCCGUCUCUGGGAUACAACGCACACUGCACAGUCUCUCAGCUCCCAGUGCGGACGUUGCAAAACGUGCACUAUAAAUGCCAGAUUCUAAAUGAGCGUAGUCCCUGGUCACACAGUGUACUGCGGUGGGGUCUGGGGGGGAGCUGUGGAGGGCAUGGGGCUCCUCAGCAAGACUGGGCUGGGGAAGAACUCCUCUCGAGUGUCAUUACAUCGCUAAAUGAAUCACUGUGCAGGACAUUAGCAUUUUCUGUUGUAUUAACUUAUGUACUUUUCAGUGUUGACCUUCAUGACAUGGUGCUAUUGUUGUUGUGAGAUUUUUUUUUUUGCUGUAUGAUGCUAGUCCUGUGACACUAAGUCCAGUCCUUCUCUUCAGGGUGUUGCAGUUUUGAACAGGAGAUAAUCCAGCUAAGCUGAAGAAAUUGUAAUUCCUGAUUAAAAUGAGCAUUAUUUCUCCCCCCCCCCCCCCCCGUCACACUAACUCGGUGGGUCUGGAACAGAAAUCCAACAUUAAACUACCUGAGAUGUUGUCAGUCGGAUUUACCGGAUUGUAAGUUAGCUUUGAACGUAUUACUGUCUUUUAACUGUUGCUUUUCUACAGGUUAAAUGUGUUAUGUCAAUAUUGGGCAUGGUUUACAUCUUUUAAAGAAAAUGAAGUAUAAUGUUAAUGGAAAAAAAAGCAUUGAAUAUUGAGAAUUAAACAUUUCAAAUACA